CUCUCCCAAGAACGGGCAGCGGGCGUUGGCGAGGUCCCUCACAGGUCGCACACGCGGGCGCUAUUUUCGCCAAAUCCUUGCCCGUCAUGCGAGCGCAGCUGUUCCUGAGCAAGUCAGAAGCGACUUCACACAACGGCGGCCAAUGGAGGAACCAAUGGUUGCAGCGCCAGUGCCGAGCCGGCCGCCCACUCGCCCUCUCUCGCCCAUUGUCGCCCACUUUCGACACAGGUCCCGCUCGCCUGCACUGCUCUUGCGUCUCAACAGCCGCUAUAUACCCAGUCUGGCCCGUUGACACGCAGUGUCGUGUUCCUGCUGUCAGCCAUUUGCCAUAGACAGCGUAAUUGCAUCCUGCGCAUCUCAAUCACAUCGUGUUUCGGCAUGGCGGAUACCGUGGUCCAUCCUUGAACUCUAACGUCUCCUUGCGACGACCCCCUCUCUUCGGUUUAUUGACCUGGUCAACCACCAUGCCACCUGGCGUGUCGGUCUAUAACUCUGUCUUGGUUCUUCUGCUCACGGCUUCGUCUUGGGCCCCUUCGUGUUCCGCUGCGCCGUGGACCGGACACUUGUCACGUCGAUUCUCCUUAGUCCUCGACUAUUCCCCCGCUCCGUCGCCCGAGGACGGCCCUCCAGCAUCCGCCGGUGCGCUUCGCGAUCCAAAGUAUCUCCCGGCUCAGAUCGGUGGCAUUGUCGGCGCAUACGCCUUCUCCCUGGUGCUGGUCGCCCUUCUUCUUCUUGCUCUUUCCAAGACCCGCCGUGACCACUUGCGGAACCGUGACCGGCCUCCCGAGGAAGACGGCAUAUUCUUCGAAGAGUUUAACCCGUUCCCCGACCCGUUCUUGCUCCAACAAGCCGAGGAGGAUUACAAGAGACAGCUCGAGGAGUUCCAACGGUCGGACGAGUUCGGACAGCUCGAACAGUUCCAACACCAGCAGUUCCAACACCAGCAAUUCCAUCAACCGCAGUUUCAGCACCCACAGUUCCAACCGCUCGAGCAGCCCCAGCAUCAGCAAUACCACCACCCACAGUUUCCGCAACCGCCAUUCGAACACCAGCAGCUUCAGACGCUAUCCCUCCAGAUCCCGACGAGUCCGAUCAAGAAUUUCUCGCUCCCAUCCCCUUCACCCUUGAGCCCGACCAGGACUGGCCCGCUUAGCCCGACGAAGUCGCAGCGCUCGACGGUCGUAGGCCGAGACAAAGUCAUGGCGCAACAACAGCUGGAGGAGAUGUACAAGUAUGUGAUGGAGCAGGAGCAGGCCAAGGCCGAAGGGCGAGAGUACCAAGGGCCUUCGCUCACCUCACCGUCGUCCAACACGGUGAACGCGGGCCCGGCGAAAGCCGGUGGCCUUAAGAAGGAGAGAAACAAGCCCACGAGCCUGAACCUCGCCCGGGAUGAGAAGGCGCAAUCACGCAGCUCUUCCAUAUUCUCAUUCCUCAAGUCUCCCCGCAAGAACAAGAUGGGCGCGGCAGGAAUGAGCAUCUCAUCCCCCAUCAUGACGCCCAUGUCUGGCACCUUCCCGCGUCACGACGACCAAGAAAUGAACGCCAUCCAACCUCGCCACUAUGCUCCCCCGGCACCGCCGCCCCUCGUCCAUUCGGACCUUCCCUUCCGACGGGCAGCCGCCUCAGCCGCCGGUAGCAGCCACCUGCCAACGCCCGACAUCUCCCCCGUCAGCACGCAGAGUAUCGACUCGCGCAUCGACGCGGCCGUUGGCCAGCCCCCAACCCGGGCCGCCCGCCGCGAACAACGCGAGCGCGAAACCCGCGGCCAGGACCGCCUCCCAUACCAUGCGCGGGACGUCUCGUCAACCGCAACCAGCACAGCGGGCGACCACGAACCGAUUUCGGCGUCCUCCGAAAGGUCGACCACCAAGCUCGUCAGCCUGCCGGUCUCGCCGCGCCCUGGCGCCACCCGCUUCCCCAGCGACAUCACCCUGCCGGCCUCCCCACGGCCCCAGCAACAAUCCUUCCAGCUCCCCAGCCACCACGCCAACGCCAACUCAUCGACCUCCUCCUUCCCGCGGACCCCAGGCGGCGGCGCCGGCGGCUCAGGUUCCGCAGCAGCAUCCGCCGUGCGCGAGGGCGGCGCACUCCCGCUACGGGCGUACGAGCCCUCGGUCAGCAGCCCGACGACGGCCAGCUACGCGACGACCAAGCAGACCGUCUUCACGCGCCCCAUCAUGUCGCCCGGCGGCAACGGCGGCAUGCAGACGGGCAUGCGCACCCCCUGGACCGGCGCCCCCAUGCCCUACACCCCCUACCAGCCCUUCUCGCCCGUCGUGCCCAUCACGCCGAGCGUCGUCACCAAGGCGGACCGCAAGCGCAUGCGGCGGAUGGAGCCCAAGACGCCGACUGUGGAGAUGGUUAGGAGUGAGGAGGAUAUUUGGUGA